GACCCCUCUCUGCACCGGCGCCGGCGCCGCUGCCGCCGCAUCGCCGACGUCGAUCUCCGGCUCUCCCGAUUCUGCCCUGAUUUGGAUUUCCUCACUUGUUCUGCGUUCUCAUCUACUAUGGAAAACAUGGAUGAGUAUGACAGUGAUGCUAAUAUGCCAUUAGGGAUAGACUCUGAUGGAGCUGCUGCCUCCAGAUUCAGAAAAAAGAGGUCUAAGGUGUGGGAAGAGUACAAGCCUAUAUAUAUAAACGGAGUGAUCCAGAGCGCGGAAUGCCACUACUGCCAUACUCUCAUGAGUUGCAAAGGAGCUGAUGGACGUUCGAAUGGAACGAGCCAUUUGUGGCGACAUCAUAAUAAUUGUCGAGCAAAAGAGGAAUUUGACCUGAGCGAGCUGCAUGAUACAAACUUCCCUUAUGGUGUGAAUGACAUUGAUCCUGUGAACCAGAUUCUUCCAGAGCCACUUGAUGACAUGAACAUGGUAAAUCAUAGUGAGAACGGCAGAUUCAGAUCAAAGGUAUGGAUGGACUUUACACCUGUCUAUGUUGAGGGGAGAAUCCAGGGUGCUGACUGUGUCCAUUGCCACACGCGGCUUAGUGCAGAAAAAGUUACAGGCGAUUUAAACCAACACACUCAGACUUGUCCAGCACAGGCUGGAACUAGUGUAAAUCAUCAGAAAGGUGGGCUUUUCCCGUCCAAUGUACCAAUUUUUAAAUCUAGGGUGAAGGAUGAACUUUUACCUGCCUUGACAAAUGGUAGGGUUCAGAUUGCAGAAUAUGCUAGCAGGUUCCACUUGGGUUAUAAUUCUGGUGACAAAACAUGUCAAAAUCAGCAUAUUCUGGCUUUACCAGCAGACAACAUGACCCCAAUGGAACAAGAUAAGUCGUCUGCUCGUACUCCAGAUAUCAAGAUCAGGAAGUUUGAUCAAGAAGCAUGUUAUCAAGAGCUAACUAGGAUGAUAAUAAUGCAUGGCUAUCCCCUGUCAAUUGUGGAGCAUGAAGAAAUGAAACGAUUUGCGAAGGGCCUUAACCCUGUGUUUAACAUGGCUUCAAGCCUAGAUAUGGAAGAAUAUUCAACUCUGCUGUUUCAGAAAGAGAAGUCUGACCUUAAGGAGAAAAUCGCACUUUCGUCACGGCGAGUUUCGUUAUCAGCAAGUGUGUGGGUCCCUCAUGGAGCUGAGCCCACAAUAAAGUACUUGUGUUUGACCGCGCAUUUUAUUGAUGCUGAAUGGAAGCUUCAAAGGAGAAUAAUCAAGUUUGGUGUGCUCUGGUCCUCACCUUCUAAUUUGGAAAGGAUGAUACACUGUAAGGAGGCUUGUGUGCUAGAAUCUGAGGUUGGGGCGUAUAAUGUCAUAUGGGAAGCUAUAAGAGAGUGGAAUCUUGACAGGAAGCUUUUCUGCAUGACAUCUGUAAGCGAAAUAAGGAACAGCGGAAGUAUCUCAAAGCUGAAGGACAUGCUUAUACAGAGGAACUGUCUUCCUAUUAGAGGUGAGCUAUACAAUAUUGCUUGUGUGGAUGAUAUGCUUGACAACAUUCUUUCGAAAGGGCAAUCAUUGCUUUACCGCGUCGGUGAUCUGCUAGAGAGAUUUAUUCAAGCACUUGCAUCUUCAUUGCUGACUCAGCAGCAACUUUUGGAAGUUGCUAAAGAUGUUGGUAUGAAGUGCCCCCAUGAAGAUGCAAAAUGGUGGCAUAAAAUUUACUUUAGACUUGAGGUUCUUUUGCAUUCCAAGAAGGUACUUCCCUCUGAAGAAUUUGUAUCUGUGGAAGAAAUGAAGAUUGUUGAGCCUUUCUGUAAGAUUUUGAGGGUUUUCUAUCGAGUCGUUGAAGUAAUGUCUGGGCCUGUUUGCCUGACAGCAAAUAUGCACUUCCAUGAAGUAUGGAAAGUUCGGACGAUUUUGGAAGAAGAAGCAUGUACUGAGCACUCCGACGUUGCUAGCAUGAUUAGAGAGAUGCAGGAAGCAUUCAAUGAAUAUUGGGCAAAGUCGUACUUGUGGUUGUCAGUGCCUGUUGUUCUUGAUCCAAGAUUCAAAAUUACUUUUAUUGAUUUCCGUCUUAAACGAGCUUUUGGCGCUGAUGCAACAAAGUAUGUAAAUGAUUUAGCUGAAAUAGUGAGGGAAUUGUUUCAUGAAUAUUGCACCCCUAUGGAUCAGCCGAAUGUUCAGACUGCAAAUUGCGGAGUUCACAAUGUUGAAAUAGAUGGAUUUGACAGUGAUUCAUUGGAAGAUUGGGAUCAUCAUCUUACUGCACAGACAAGCAGUCAACUAUUGUCGGAGCUUGACAGCUACCUUGAAGAUGGUCUUCUUCCACGGAAGGAUGAUUUCGAUAUUCUAAACUGGUGGAUGAGUCAUUCUGCAAAGUAUCCAACCCUCUCAACAAUGGCGCAGGAUGUCUUGGCAAUGCCAUCAUCUUCUGUUCACUGCCAGGCAGCAUUCAGCAGUGAAGGCCCAGUAAUUCAUAAGGAAUGGAGCACAUUAAACAUCAAGACAAUUGAAGCGCUUGUGUGUACCCGAGAUUGGAUUGGAUAGGUGGCUACAUGUUAUGCUACAGAAUGCUAUGCGUUGUACAAAUACCCAUUCUUCUUCUAACGUUGGAGGAUCCUGUUGCUAAGACGACUUACUAUUUCCGUGCCGGACUCAACAUUUCUUCACUCCCCUCUCAAACAAAUGUACACAUCGGCUCGGCGCGGAAGCUUGUUCUUGGGGUGUAUCAUGCUGUGUUGCUUCCUGUGUUUAGACCUGGGGCUCCUGCCCAGAUGCACGCGUGCACAGUGACUAUGGUUCACUCCCGUUUUAACCUGACGAGGAUAACUUGUGUAUAUUGUACGGAAGCCAUUCGCUGUUUGAUUUACUAGUUACCCUUGGAGCUGGGGAAGGUUCUGGUGGAGCUGAUAUAUUAGGAUCACGUUCUUUA